GUUCUCUUAAUUAUUAAAAUAUAUUUUUAAAAUUUUUAUUUUAAUUAAAAAGACAUUUUAGAUGAAAAAGGGUCUUCCUCUAAUUGGGAAGUCAAAUGUUAAAAAACUUCAAAGCAGGCGUUGUGUAAAGUGUAAACUUUACUCUUUUUCCACUUGAACUGUUGAGCAAAAGCUUGGCUUCCGCCAGCCAAUUCUCCAUUGUCUCUUCCUAACCGCUGUUUGAUUAAAUUAGUCAUAAUGGGCAUCUGGGAUUUGAUCAGCUCAACCACUGAACGGUGAAAAGAAACGCCCCAAACCCUCUACCUUCCAUCACGGAAGCAUGCAAAACGUCAUAUGGCUACUGCUCUUCCGCCGCCGGCAAGAUUGUUAGCGGUGUCAGAUCCAGUUCCGAAAUGGUCACCGAAUACGUGCCGGACCAAGAGACGCGAUCCCAGAUCGGGCUUUUCACUUACAAGUUCGCUCAAAACUCUGCCAAAUAUGCUCUCCGCGAAAGCUAUAAACUGAUCCCGGGUGGAAAAGCAUUUGCUGAAAUUGUUGAUCAAACUGUGCGCGAUGUCAAGUCAGCGAACCGCCGGAGCAAAAACGAGGCGGAGGUGGUGGUUGCUGGUGGUGGCAGGAAAAUUUCAAGUAAUACCACGAAUUUGGUGGCGGGAGUGGAAAAGCAGGGUGGUGGUGCGGUGGAGUUGGGAAGUGACAAGGUGAAUCAAUCGCCGGAAGACGUGUUAAGGAUCUUCAUGAUGAAGGAAUUUUUUAUGGGCAAUCGAUUUGCGGAUGAACUGUUGCUUCCCCAGAUCAAAUAUUUGAAGAAAAACCAAACUGAAAAAUUCAAAGACUAAUUAGUCACUCUGGCAGCAAGUCCAAGAUGGUGACUAGUGAUCAUAUGUUGCAUCUUGUCUUUGUAGGUAUUAGUUCCGUGUUGUGGCUUUGGUGCUAUGUGUCAAGUUUGCUUUCUCUGUCUGAUCGUGUUUUGUUCAGCAUUAUGUGAAAAAAAAAAACUGCUGUAAUUGCCUGUCUUGCUUAUCAAUCGAGUCAUCAAUCUGGUUAAUCUGUUCAUUGACCAUCUCUAGUUUCCUUUGUUUCUUUAAAAGAUUACUAGAAAUGGUUCAGUGCACAAUGAGCGAAAAAAAUAUGACGGAACCCACCAUAUUGUUUUGAACACACCAGAUGCCUUAGCGAAUUCGGCACAAAAUGUCUUCUAGUCUUUUUUUAAGGCCCAAAUAUAGGUCUACGUGUGAUUUCAGCUAAUACAUGUGAUUAUUUAUUGA